AUGUUCGCCAGCCCUGCGGGCACCAGCACCCCGUUCUCCGUCAAGGACAUCCUCAACCUGGAGCUGGAGCAGCGACAGGAGCAGCAACAGGAGGAGGAGGAGCGGAGGCGCCGGAGCCUGGCGGCCAUGGAGCUGCCCACGCGCCUAGAGGCCAGCCUGCCCCCUGCGUCCUGCAUGCUGGCCGCCUUCAAGCAAGAGGCUUACGGCGGCCCCGAGACGGCAGGCCUCCAGGAGCUGGCUCUGGCCGAUGGGCUGGGCCCCGCCAAGCACUGCCCGACCUUCCCGGCUGCCUUCUACGGAAAGAGCUACGCGCACAUGGAACCGGCCAAGGAGCCCAAAGCCGACAAGAAAGAUCUUUGUUCUCUACAGAAGAACCUGGAGCUAGAGAAAAAGGACUUAGAAGACCCCGAUCGCCCAAGGCAGAGGAAAAGGCGGAAACCCCGGGUUCUGUUCUCUCAGGCCCAGGUAUAUGAACUGGAGAGAAGGUUCAAACAGCAGAAAUAUUUGUCAGCUCCGGAAAGAGACCACUUGGCCAGCGUGCUGAAGCUCACCUCCACGCAGGUCAAAAUCUGGUUCCAGAACAGAAGGUACAAAUGUAAAAGACAGAGACAGGACCAGACUCUGGAGAUGGUGGGCCUCCCCCCGCCCAGGAGGAUAGCCGUGCCAGUACUGGUGAGAGAUGGGAAACCCUGCCUGGGGGACUCUUCUCCCUACAGCUCCCCCUACAACGUCAGCAUCAACCCGUACAGCUACAAUGCCUACCCGGCCUAUGCCAACUACAGCGGCCCAGCGUGCAACCCAAACUACAACUGCGGUUAUCCUUCAGUGCAGGCCGUGCAGCCCUCUGCAGCGGCCAACAACUUCGUGAACUUCAGUGUCGGGGACUUGAAUGCAGUGCAAACACCAAUUCCACAGAGCAACGCAGGGGUCUCCACUUUGCAUGGGAUCCGGGCCUGGUAG